AUGACUUCCACAUUUCUGCUGCUGCUGUGGCUGCUAUGGCUAUACAAUGGCACGUCAGGUCUCCCAGCCCACAUUGUCUACACCAGAGUGCAGCACCAGGAGGGAGAGACGCUGUCUGUGCAAUGCCACUACAAAACCCGCAAAAAUCAAAUGGAGGACAUGAUUUGGUGCAAAAUCAGGAAGAACAGAUGUGACUCUAAGUUCACCCGGGUUUGGGUGCAGAAGCCCCACUACUUGCUGCAGGACGAUGUUUACGCCAAGGUGGUCACUAUCACGAUGGUGGCUCUCCGGCACCAGGACUCUGGCCGAUACUGGUGCAUGCGGAAUGACUCCCAGACUCUCUUCCCCUUGUUGGGCAUUCAGCUGGAAGUGUCACAAGCUCCCAAGAUGCAUCUGUCCAACAGCCUCAAGAGUGGAAUGAAUUUGGCAAUGGAUCAAGACCCCAUCUCUGACCUUGAGCAACCAUUCACCACGGACAUGACCCUGUUCACACCUGGGUUCCUCACUUUGCCCAGACCCUUGCCCUCCUCUGCCCCAGAAGCUGUGGAACCAACCUCCAUGGCAGACCAAAGCUUUACUGGAGCCCCCAUGACUCUCAGUGGACACAAGAGAACUGAGGGAUCCCACUUAAUUACUGAAGCUCCCAGCAGUGCCCGGCCCUCCUCUGAUGGCCCAGCAUUCAUCCUCACCAAGGCUGGGCCCCCAAACACCAACUCCUUCACCAGAGGAAUGUACCCCACCAGCAGAUCACCCCCCAUCAGGCCCCAGGAUUUUGAUCCCACUGUGCUGGCAGCCGUGGUGGCCAUCUUCCCCCUGCCCGUACUCAUGGUCAUCUUCUAUGGGCUGUGGAAGAGGAGACAUGUGGGCAGUGAGUAUGCCCCCUUCCUAGCCGGAGCACAGAGAGUUCGAGAAGAGGACCCCAUGGCCUGGGACACCACAUACCAGCUAGUUCUUGUGAUUCUGGUGCUCUUGGCCUCAGGUGAGGGGCAGGGGUGA